AUGUCAAAGAAAUUGCUUACCAAGCUCAGACUACAGAUUUCGGAACCAUCUAAUGCUGUUGUCGUCACUGUGAACGGAACACAGAAAAGAGCUUUAGGAAAGUUGAAGGAUAUAGUACUACAAAUAGGAAGAAUCACUAAAGAUGACUAUUUCGACAUAUAUGAGGAAGAAGAUCUAGAUGAAGUAGAAAGUUACUUGACUGACGAUCAAGAGGACUUAUAUACCAACCCAUGGAUCGACGAGCACAGCCCGGCAGCAUAUUUGACAACGAUCGAAGAAGUUCCGACACCCGAAGAAACCGAACGACCUAUAUGA